UCGAGGCAGCGCUUUAAAUCGCAAUGUUGCUGCUGAUGCUGAUGCUUGGUGCGGUCGCUGGCUACGAUCACAGUGUCAACUAUUGGCAGGCCUUUGCUCCGGGCAAGCUGCUGCAGCGUUUGGAUGCACUUACUGCCGCAGAUGGGCAGCCUGGCCGGGCCGAGGCUCUGACGGCUCAGCUGCCGAUGGCCCAGGCCAAGCUUGACGAGGAUGCCGACGACGAUGAGGAUCAAUUGGAAACCGAAGCAGAUGCAGCCGAGGCCGUCGACCAUGACGACGACGUGGACGAACUGGAGGCGGAUAGCCACAGUGCCGAGGGACAUUCUGGCGAGGAUUACGAGCGCAACUACGAACAGUUCGUGCGGCAAUAUUUUGAUCGCAUACCCGACGAGGCGGACGACAGCGAUGGCGACGCUGUGGCGGACCACGACGACAGUGUCGAGUCGCAAGCUGAGGCGAGCAGUGUGCAGCAGCAGCAGAAGCACGAGCCCAAGCAGACGCAGCAGCAUUGCCGUCGCGUGCGCCGCAAGGGCCAGCUGUGCGAAAUAUGCCGCGAGCCGCGCAACAACGAGGUCUCCGAGACAUGCAGCUACUCGCACGAGGAGCAGCCGGAGCUGUAUGCCUAUGGCAGUGGCAGCCAGUACAAGCGCUACCGGGACCUAGCGCCGGACGAGGAUCAGAGCGAGGAGCAGCCAGCAGCGCGUCAGCGUCGCAACGAGCGGCACACGACAAUCGUCCAGCCCGCCGACGGCAGCAGCAGCAGCAGCAGCAGCAGCGCCAGCAGCCUCUGUGAGCGUCGCAUGGUGGGCAAGAGCGUCUGCUACGAGUGCAAGGACAGCGGCGGCCAGCAGCUGCGUCGCUGCUACGAUGCAGCCAUGAAUAAGGAGAGCAAAAGCAGCAUCAAGCCGCAUGCCAGGCAGGAGCAGCGCAUCUACAAGCGCACCAUCAGCUAUAGCUAUGCGCAGGGCAGCCGCCAGGCUGAUCCUGAUGCUGAUGGGGGCGUGACCACAGCAGCUCCAACACUGGCCUUGAACAGCACCGUUAUGCCAACGUCCACAACAGCCACGUCCUUGCCGCCUGCUCGGCGUCCGACAAGAGUCUUGCGUCGUCGCCUUCCAGCUUCAGCUACAGCUGCCUAG